AUGACGACGCUCGCGUCGACGUCCGCGCGCGCCGCCUCGGUCGCGCCGCGUCUCGCGGCGUCUGACCGCGCGCGCCACGCGCCCGCGGCGACGCGCUCCGGCCGCGCGCCGCUCGCGUCGUCGUUCGCGUCUCUCGGCGCGCGCGACGCGACGCGCGCGAGACGGCUCGCCGCCGGCGGCGUCGCGUCCACGUCGGUCCAGCCCCGCGCGGCGCGUCGAGAACGCCGCCGAAACGGAAACGCGCGGCGCGCCCCAACGCGCGCGUGCGCCGCGAGCGCGUCCGCGGUCGCCCCGGCGAACGACGCGCGAUCUCGACGCCCGUCGAAGCGACCGCCCGCGAUCCUCGCGCUCGCGCUCGCGGUCGCGUCCGCGGCGGGAUGGUUCCUGUCUCGAAACACGAUGUUCGGCCAAGCCGCCGUCGCCGCGCUCGCCAAGUCUGGAUUCACCGCGGCGUUCGCGCUCAUCUUCGUCAGCGAGCUCGGCGACAAGACCUUCUUCAUCGCCGCGCUGCUCGCGAUGCGCUUAGGUCGCGUCGUCGUCCUCGCCGGCGCGACGAGCGCGCUGGGGCUCAUGUCCGUGAUAUCAGUCGCCAUCGGCCGCGCGUUUCAACAGAUCCCGAGCGCGAUGACGACGUCGCUGCCCGUCGGCGAGUACCUCGCCGUCGCACUGCUGCUCUUCUUCGGGGUGCGGACGCUGAAGGAAGCGCUGGAUGCGCCCGAGUGCGACGCGGACGACGCGGCGUCGUGCGGCGGCGAGCUCGCGGACGCGGAGGAGGCGGUGCGCGAAUCAGAAGCCGCCGCGGGCAAACGCGGAGGAACGGGCUCCGAGCGAAACGCCGCGUCGAGGUGGCUCGCCAACUACUGGGAGACGUUCACGCUGGUGUUCAUCGCGGAGUGGGGCGAUCGGAGCAUGCUCGCGACGAUCGCGCUCGGGGCGGCGCAGAACCCGCUCGGGGUGGCGACGGGCGCGACGGUCGGACAUCUCCUCGCGACGUCCAUCGCCGUCGUCGGCGGCGCGCUGCUCAGGCGCGCUCUAUACACUGGUCCCCAUACGACCGCCGAACGCAUCUCGGAGCGACAGGUUGGGAUCACCGGCGGGGUGUUGUUCAUCGUCUUCGCGCUCGCGACGCUCGUGGGCGUGUUUUGA